AUGGCGGAAAUAAUCGUGCUGAAGAGACUGCUUGAGAUGCAAACACUGCAACACCAUACCAAGUGGGGCGGUGUUGUCCUGAAACUCGACGCCAUGAAAGUUAUUCACGAAGGGACCGGAAUGCCUACCAGCAUGUCAGCACCCGAUCUUGCUCUCAUCAUUGCCGCUAUUGUAUUCCGCAGGAUCAAACCCCAGAAAUUAAAGUCGCUCAGGAUCAAGAAUGGUUUUGUUGAAUUCUUCGGCCAUCUCAACGGAAUGCAGUGGCUGCCUGUCGCUAUCCGAGUCAACAAACUGGUAGGAAACCAGGUGUUCGCCAUUGAAUUGGACCAGGAAGCAACUGAGCCUAAGGUCCGUUAUGAGAAUAUAAAUGGUAAGAAGGCCACAGUUAUGUUGGGUUGUGUACUUUCCAAGAUGGAGACAAAUUAA